AUGAUGUUGGACGACGCCGACUGCGUGCUCAGCCCCGCUGGCGGCGGCGUCGAGUCGUCUGACAACGAGGGCGCGGCGUCCAAGUCCGCUGGCAAUGAGGAUGACGACGAGGGACGGGGUGGUGGCAGAGGCAAAAAGAACGCCGCCAUUCCAGGCGAGGCCAACAAGGGGGUCAAGCAGACGAUCGAUAAGGAGAAGAGACAGGAUCGGGGGAAAUACGACUCUGGGAAGCACUGCUCACACAAGUUCUGCGAGAAGCUGAAUGGGGGAAUCAAGCCAAAAGUUAAGGGCUCAGAUAAAUGCAAUUACUGCAAGUCGAACGUUCAACGUGCCAGGCGCGUAGCGGCAGCCCAGGACUGUGAGGAGUGGUUCAAUAGAAAGGAGAAGGAUAACGACCAGGAGUGGACGGACAUUAUGACGGAGUUCAUCACGCAGUGCCCUGCCAGCUCGGGGCGAGUCAAGCCAGGCCAGUUCGACAUGACAAGCUACGUCGAGUCAAAGGUCGCAUCCUCGGGUCUGGAGACGUGGGCAGAGGGCGAUUUCAUGACGCUGGAGGCUUUCUGCGGGUUUUGUGAGACAGCGGACGGUGGCAGCAUCAAGGACCCUGCGAAGAAGAUGGCGAAGUGGAACCAGCUCAAGAAGAACCCGAGGGUGAAGCCGAGGUUCGCGCCAAAUGGUGAGAUAAAGCUGCCCGUGAUCACGAAGGACAAGUUCAAGUUUUACAAUGACCAACGUGAUGAGCAUAGGAAGCGGUUGAAGCUUAGUUCGAGUGCAGUUUCCUACUUGCAGAAGCAGGUUGACGAAGCGACCAUGGAAGCCAAUCGCCUGGAGAACGAGGUUAGCCUCAUGAAGCAGACGCAUGUCCCAGACAGCCGCCACUUCAAGACCUUCAACAAGUACUUCCAACUGGCAAAUAUCCGUCUCGAGCUGCACAAAGCAAUGACUACCUCGCCAGAGAAGAUGCAGGCCAUCAAGGAUCGGUGGGACAAGAGUAAGAAGACUCAGACCCCCAAAGCAAAGAAGGAUGAAGGUCCCAAAGAAGCUUUCGAUUUGCCCGACGGGUCGAGGAUUGCCCCAGUGCGCCUCUCCGAUCUCAACAAGUUCGAUGUCCUUGUGGCUACGCAGCAGACUCCAACUGGGCCGAAGGAUUCAGCAUGGAAUGCCGACGACUUCUGUUUCAGCGUCGUGGUCAAAGAUAUCCCGGGCAACGCUACUGGAAAUGUGAUCGUAGCGCCCGUGGCCGACACGGACUGCGUGGAGGACGUGAGCAUCGAUAGGCUUUUCAAGAUCCUCAGGCGCGGCAACAACCUUUCAGCAGAGGAGGGGGAAGAGUCAGCGAAGACAGAACUACGAGAGAACUCAAAAGGCGGCGCCGCAGGGAAGACCGAGUGCAAGGGCGAAGCUGCGCCCGCAGAAGAUAUACCAGAAGAUCAAGACGUGGAGACCACGGACAAAGGCGGCAUGGACGAGAAGAAAGAUGAAGCUGCGAACACUGAAGGCGGCAGUGCUGCGGACAAGAAGCCCGAGGACGUGGAGCCGAUUCAGGCCGCCAAGGGUCAGGAUGCGACGCCCGAUCAAGACAAGCUUGACGGCGACGCAGGCAAGCAGAGCGGUGAGAUGGACAAAGCAGGAGCAAAGAAAGGUCCUUCUGAAGUGCGUGUCAAAGUUGAAGUGUCAGAGCUCGAAUCCUCUUCCCAAACACCUUCGAAGGAAUUUGAUUCAGAACCUCCUGUGUCGCUGCCCGCGCUCCGUGUACUGGACACAUUCUCUAAUCUGUUGGCCGCAAAUGAAUCAGCCUACGACUUCUGCGUCAAGGAGGAAGACUUCAAGGAAGCAACGGCGCUCGUCAGCAAGCGCAAGGCUGCUCUCAAAGAGCUCAUCGACAAUAUGAAGUGCCUGCGCAAUGACAUGGUCACCAAGCACAAGACCGCACGCACCAACGACGCUGCACAGAAAGCAGGGCAGGGCAACAGUGUCAAAGGCAAAGACAAGGCCGACAGCGCCAGUGACAGCACCAUUCGCAUCAUCGACUACUCCUUCAAUAUCACAGAGCAGAUGUUCACUCUUUCGUCAAUGGAUGCUUUCAUCGCGGGGAAAGACACUGUGGAUUGGAAGGUGCCGUUCUUGAUCCAUGCUGGGCGAGAGUUUGUCAAUGCUUUGCGGGACGACUCGGUGCUCAAGAGUACUUUUGAUUCAUUCACUGCUGGCUUCGAGGGAACGGAGAGGGAGACCAAGCCGCCUGGUCGCGCGCAGUUGCACGUAGAGGAGGGGCUUGCCUUCGAGGAGAAGUUGAAGGAAGCAAUCGAGCAGCUGGGCACGCCUCCGGACCUUCUGGACAAAUUCGAUGAUGACAGUCUCAAGCUACUGGACUCGCCUGACCAAAAAAAAUGGAUGACGACUCCGAGUGUUUACGGAUUUGGCAGCAAAACAUAUUAUGCUGGCUCGGAGUUCCUUUCUACGGGGUGCCUCCGCGUGCAGUUUGACGGUGCCCGCCGCGUGGCGAUCGUGCCAUAUGACAAACUACGCACCAUGUUCAUGGACUUCAAGAAGAUCAAGGACGAUUCAAAUAUUCGGUACGAUGAUGUCCUGAAGUGGUUCAAAGGCCAGCAUCCCUCCCGUUUCUGCAGCACGGCAGCCAACGACUCGACCAUCUCCUACGGCAUCGCGAUGCCUGGUGACAUCAUCUGGACUCCACCAGCGUGCAUUGUGACGGAAUGCGCCCACCAGGAGAUGCGGGGCUGGGGGUUGCGCAUCCCGAUGAUUAACAAGGCAGGCAUCGGGAACGCCUCGAUCGACCUGAUGAUCAAGGAUAUGGAGGGGGACAGUCGGCGGUCGUGCGGCCACUUGAAGGCCAUGAGCUUGGCCAUGAAGGGGCCCGGACCCGGGGCUGCGGCGGCGCCUGCGUAG